UAAAUCGGUCUCUUGGUUUAAAGAAAGAAUGUAUUUGACAUGUGGGUAUAAGCAUCAUUAAAGGAGAGCGGUGUGCAUGGAAGCAGCGUCCAGUCCCGUAAGCAGCAGGCUGCCUGAGCCGUGCCGUUCCGUGCCGUGCCGGACUCACACAGCGGACCGCUCACUCCGGCCGCCUCUCCGUCGCCACCACACGGCCUCAAUCCGAAUCGGAACCGCAGCCGUCACGCCGCGCCGGUACUUGUGGCGAUGUGGGGCGUGCCGCGCGCACUCGUAAUCCCCGGAUCCUCGGGGAAGGAGCGUGAUUUGCGGGACGGUGUUGUCACGGGGAAGGUGGCGCCGGGGACCUGUUGGAAAUGACAGCUGAGCGAGGCGGACGGAAGCACCGGAAUCACCGCAGCGGCAAACGUAGCAGAUAGCGAAGCAACUCCCUCGCGUCACCGUGUAACGGGGUUAUAGAGAUGGAGACCCUGAUGAGUGCGGUGGGACCGCGCUCCCCGGCCCCGGCCAAAAAGCUGUCAGAGGUGGACUUCCGGUCGGGGGCCACCCUGGAGCAGCUGUCGGCCCAGGUGUCCGAGCUGGUGGUGCUGGAGCAGGGGGACUUCGGAGACCAGACCGCCUUAGAGGUUCACACCGCCAAAGACUUUAUCUUCAACAUGCUCGGCUUGGUCCAGAAGGUUGACCAGCGCCUACCGGUGGCCAACGAGUACCUGCUGCUGUCCGGCGGGGCCCGGGAGGGGGUCCUGGACCUCAACCCCGAGGACCUUGGGGACUACGCCAAAGGGGCCGACUUCGACCUGGACUUCACCCUGCUGGUACCGGCCCUCAAGCUCCAUGACCGCAACCAGCCCGUCACCCUGGACAUGAGGCAUUCCCCGCCCUGCCAUUCGUGGCUCAGCCUGCGCCUCUGCGACUCCAACGUGAUGUCCCGCUGGAGCAUCUGCUGCCAGGAGGAGAGUGCAUUUACCACCGAGGAGGAGGAGGAAGAGGAGGAGGCAGAAAUGAGUAGAGGCUCCAUCCCCUCCCUGGACUCUCCUCAUUCCCUGGAUGGAUGCUACUUCUCUCCCUCCCUGGUGACGGACUGGUUCUGGGGGGUGGUGAGCGAGGCCGUAGAGGAGCUGAGGCGCUGCCCCCAGAGAGGCAUCCCCACACCGGACCGCCUUGAGAGGAACGGACCCCUCACCACCAUCAUCCUCCAGGCCGGCUCCAGCCGGGUGCUGUACGACUUGCUGCCGGUGGUGUCCUUUCGGGGGUGGCCCGCCGUGGCCCAGGGCUGGCUGACCGCCAACCACUUCUGGGACGGUAAAAUCACAGAGGAGGAAGCCAUAUCGGGCUUCUAUCUGCUGCCCUGCUGCUCCCCGCUGGGCGGUCGGCCCGACAGGGAGUGGAGGCUGGCGUUCUCCCGCAGCGAGGUCCAGCUGAAGAAGUGCAUCCCGUACCCCAUGGCACAGGCCUUCCAAGCAGCCCGGGCCGUGUUGUCCCGCAUCCUGGCCCGGCCCCGCGCGGGCCUCAGCCUCUACCACCUGCGCACCCUCCUCUUCUGGGCCUGCGAUCGGCUUCCCUCCGCCUACCUGUCCUGCGCCGACGCCGACACCCCCGGCCGCCUCCUUCUAGGUCUCCUGGACGACCUGGCUCAUUGCAUCCUGGGUAAAAACUGCCCAAACUACUUCCUCCCCCAGUGCAACAUGUUGGAGCACCUCACGGACAGCCAGGCGUUGCUGGUCGCCAGGAAGCUGGCCCACGUGCGCUCCGAUCCCGGCGAUCACCUGCGGGCGGCUCUGGACCAAGCCCAGCAGGCGGGCCACCUGAAGAAAGAGCUCACGGCGAGCACCAACGGCCACGGCUCGCCCGGGCACCACCCGGCCAACGGCAUCAUCUCCCCGUCGGACGACAAGCUGGCGCAGCGGCUGCAGCAGCUGGUGACCGAGAACCCUGGGAAGUCCAUAUCCGUGUUCCUCAACCCCGACGACGUGACCCGGCCGCACUUCCGCAUCGACGACAAGUUCUACUGAUGGCGCAGAGGAGACGCCGCUGGCUGGAAGUGAGGCCCCCUCCUUCUGUUCUCGGGCCGACGGAUGCGGCGAAGUUUUGCUGCUCGACGAACUCUUUAAACCAAAAACAAACAUGUCCUACUACUGAAAAAUCCCGAAGCGGUUGCCAUGGAGACGGCCCUCUCCUAACGAGCUGGCCUUAAUGAGACUUAUCAGCUGGUGCUACAAAGACGGACACGAGUCGUGUGAACUGCGUGCAGUGGAGCUCAGCACUGUGUGUUCGUGUGUGUGUGUGUGUGUGUGUGU